AUGACAGAGGCACUCCUCCGAUCGAACCAAUCUCCAAGCAUCGGUGCUCGAGCGAUGGGGUUUCCGGGCGGCAGCCAAACCCAAGUCGUGGCCGAGACCUCCGAGACCGGCAGCGGCGGGGGCGGCGGCGGCGGUGACGGUGGUGACAUCGGCAGCAGCUCCACCACCAUCAGUUACGGCGACACCGCCUCACCAACAGCCACCGCAGGGCGAACACUCCCACUUACCGUACCCUACCGACACGCCCGCAUAACGUGGUCGGAGCCGAACAGCAAGAACAACGGCAGCAGCAAACAUGGCAGCGGUUGUAGCAGCGGCGGCGGCGGCGGCAGCUGCGCUCGUCGCAGAGGCCAGCUCGACCCGCGCUUCCAGGUUCGGCGCAACCCCGCGCGCCCGAAGCGCGGCCGCGGGAUCUUCGCCGUGGAGGCGGUGCCCGCCGGGACCGAGGUACUGGUCGCGAAGCAGGCGGCCGCCCUGCCCCGAGACCGCUACCGGCCGGCCUUCUGCCGGCGCUGCCUGACCCUGCUCGACAAGUCCCUGCUCAUCAAGUGCCGGCGUUGCGAGGACCGUUUCUGCGGGAAGGAGUGCGUGAUAGCGGCGGCCGGGGAAGGCACACACGAGGUGACCUGCGGACUGGUCGAGGGGCUAGGGGAGGAGCAGCUCUCGGAGCUGGGGCGGGGAGACAACGCCGCGGCGACGGAGACGGACAUCCUUAGGCUGACGGUAGAGUGCAUGUCCAGGAGAGGGGCCGGGCUUAGCGACGAGGAGGAGUGGAUUGAGAUCGACGAUUUGGUUCUUCCGGAAGACGAGGGUGGAGGAGAGGGCAGCGGCGGCGGUACGUUGGAGCCCGACGUGAUCCGAGAAGCCCAGGCCAGGCUGAACGACGGGGGGUUGGAGGUGUCCGCGGAGGAGAUUCAGACAGUGCAUCGCAGGCUCCGCCGCAAUUUCCACACCGUGCAGCCGGAACCGCUGGGCAGGCUCCUUCCGCCCACCGUGGUCGGUGUCUUCCCCGCGGCGUCUCUGGUGAACCAUUCUUGCGAGCCGAACGCUUGCUUCCACUCGCGCCGCGCGGGCCCCGAGGGGCCGCCGCUGGAGCUGGCCCUAAGGUGCACAACAGACGUCUCCGCGGGGGAGGAGGUCUGCGUGUCUUACUUGGCCCACUGUGCGGAUGCGGCGACAAAGGAGGGUCGCCGAGAGCUGCUGCAAAACGUGUGGGGCUUCUCGUGCGACUGCCCGCGGUGCGAGGACGACACCAAGCCGGGGGCUUCCUCGGGAGACUGGCGAGUGACUAAGAUGCUGCAGAAUAUUGAAGCCUUGUUGGAGAACGCGCAAAACAGAAGCGUACGAGAGAUCCAGGCCGGUUUGCGGGCACAGCUAGAGCAGGGUCUGCAGAUGCUCCUGGCGGGGCCCGACCUGUCCUCCCGCUUACAGCUGCAGUUGGCGAUGCGCAUCGACGAGGUGGCCACUCGUCGGAGGAUGCACGGCUCUCUCCGGUUCCGAUCGGCGCAGGAGCUGGCGGAUAGGCUAGUGCGCCAAGGCCUCGAUACCGGCUACACCGCAGACCUCCGCUUCACGAUGCACCGGGAGGCCUUGCGGUGGGCGGCGGACGCGAGGGUCGAGGGGAGCUACCGCCGGGCGGAGCAGCUGACGCGGGCGUCGCGCGACAGCCUCGAGGAGGCGAUCAAGGUCGCCGCCGUUUGUCUCGGGGAGGGCCACCCCAAGACGAGGGCCCUCGUGGAGUGCUUGAGACGCUUUUCUCCUUUCGCGUAGCGGCGUUGUUGUGUGGCGCGGCGGCAGCAGCUUUCGUGGCGGCUUUGUUUGCUGGGUGUCGCAGGUCAACAAGAGUAACAGCAGUAGUAAUGAUGCUGUGCGUAGACUACCACAUUGGUGGAUGGCCUGUUGUAGGCAGGGGAGAGCAGAGGCCUGUGCUUGUUCGAAGCCCCGACAUGGGGCCAAAGGAGAGACGGAGAAGGGAGUGAUGGGUACGGUUGUUGGAAUGUUGGGUGGUGAUAUCGUGUGUACGAUGGUGGUGGUUGAGGGAGGACGGGAGGAGCGGCGUACUCGCAAGAAAAAUGGAUGUUUUUCGGUUUGUUCGCAGUGCCCACCGCUCUCUGCUUGUUGUGCAGCCGGAUGUAUUGGGCGACACGCAUCGUUUCUCCAACUCCCUCAAGGGCAUGGCAGCUUGAAUCGCAUGGCUACGCUCAGAGUUCGAGAGGUAUGUAAGUGAUUUGUUCCCCUCCGCGAUGGGGUCCUUUUGUCAUC